AUGAGGCGGCUCGGGCCCGGCUACCUCGUCCUGCUCUUCGCCUGUCUGGAGUUCUGCCGGGCACAGGGAGCAUUUUUUGGUGGUGAAAGCUAUGUGGAGCUCAACAUCAUAGAAGUUUCCUCUGAGCUAUCUCUUCAGUUGAAAUUUCAAACCAGCAAACCACAGGGAUUGCUUUUUCUAGCAGCUGGGAAGAAUGACUAUUGUAUAAUAGAACUUCAAUCAGGAAACUUACGGGUGAGAGUGAAUUUGGGUACAAGUGAACAAGUGCUGCUUCCUGAGCACAGAUGUCAGAUGAAUGACUUGUUUUGGCAUUUGGUGGAACUGAACUACGUUCAGGAUUAUAUUUCCUUGAUUAUUGACAGUCAUCAUAAGACAACUGGACAAGUGGCUAGUAGGAUGAAUAAUUUGAAUUUUCAACAUGGAAUCUACAUAGGUGGCCGUGGGUCACUCAACAUCCCUUACCUGGAUGAAGAUCUCCCCAAUUUCUGCGGAUGUAUGAAGGAUGUGGUAUUUAACCCGAGGGAGAUUCUUAUGUCCCUUACAUCUGACCCUGGUUUUAAGAAGGUUUAUGAAGUGUCUCUAGGAUGCAAGGAUGAGAUUUCUGCAGGGGAGGAUGAAACUAUCAGUUUCUUUAGCUCCAGAUCGUAUGUCACUUUGCCAGAAUGGAAGGUACAAGGGGAAGGGCGAUUGGAAUUUGCUUUGCAGACUGGAGCUCGACAAGCCUUGCUUUUAUUUCAGUCAGGUAGAGAAGAAGAUUUUGUUGCCUUGGAAAUAGAUCAAGGUCUAUUGACGGCUCAUGUAGGAAGGAGUGAAAGUCAUACUCAGCUUUCUUCUUUUAGCCUAGUUAGUGACCACAAGUGGCACGUUAUUCAACUCAAAUUCACGGGAGGGUAUCUGAACCUAAUGGUAGAUGAACAAGGGGUAAGGACAUCUCUGCCUUUGCAAAGUGAACUGUUUAUACCUGAAGGCCCCCUCUUUGUGGGAGGUCUUAAUAAACGAGUGUGGGAAGAAGUGAAGAGGUUAGAGCUUGCCUCUGUGCCUGGGAAUUCUGCUCGAGGAAUCUCUUUCAAAGGAUGCUUAAGAGGCUUGAAAGUCAACUCAGAGAAGAGAGCAUUAAGGGAUGCCCUUGUUUCCAGAGACGUUUCUGCUGGGUGUAAAACUGAGAGUAUCCAUAAGGCAAAUCCUUCCAUGACAGCAAUAGAAAACCUGCUUCAGUCAGAAGUUUUCCUUUCCACUGUCAUCCCUGAAGCUGUCAAGCCUUUUCCUCACAAUGAGAGUAGUUUGGAAUAAUCUGGAAGUCCAAGAAGGUAGACGAGGCUUACUGGAACAAAAGCAUAUAAAGAUGAAUGGGAAAUUUAAGGAUUUGGGUAUCCAUCAUUCUCAAAUACUAUUUAAAAUAGAGAAAAUGCCUAUUCACGGGUUUCUUCAAUUAUAUGUUUUACCUGCUCAAGAAAUGGAGAAGGCUUUUACUAUGUUAGAUUUGUGGCAAGGAAAAGUUUGGUAUAUCCAUGAUGGUUCGGAUGAACCCAUGGAUUAUUUUACAUUUUGGUCUCUCCAACAGCAAGGAGGAAAAUAUUUCAUGUGUGUUUAACAUUAUUGUCCUUCCAGUCAAUGAUUCUCCGUACCUUAAGCUCUCAGAAGGAAACUUGCCACUCCUGCUUGAGAACUCUAAAAAAAAGAGUGAUCCCAAAUGUAAUUGACAUGUCAGAUCCUGGCACAGAUUCUUCGAGUCUUAGUUUUUCCGUUCUUGGUGACGUCAGUUCAGAUGCUGGGUUUUUAGAAAAUACAAAUGAUCCUGGGAAAGCCAUUAAUGGUUUCACACAUGAGGAUUUAAGAGAUGGCAACAUUUUCUAUGUGCACAGGGACCAUCAGAACUGUAGGAUUGUACUGAGUGAUGGAGAGCUGGUUAGCAAUACGGUAGUGUUAUGGGUCAUGGCUGUUCCUUGAGAUUUGUAGUGACCAUGGUCAUAAAACAGGGUGGUGCCACUCUGAUCACAGAGUAAGUUGUAAUUAGUAUUUAAUGGAGAGUGGCAUGAG